CUCUCAGUUCCCGUAAUUCUUGGUAUUAUCAACAACCCGAGACGAUUCAUAACAAGAUGCCCAUUAAACAACAAAUUCAACUGUCAGCGACCCUGAAUGGAAUGCAAACAGAGAUGGACUUUCUUGACUCCUCCUUCUUCACCAAAGCAGGCCAUAAGAGCUUGCCAACUGCUGCAGAGGUUGGCUCCCUCUCAGAACAGUUCAACAAACAUCCACGGCCCGCACCAGUUAAAUUUGAGCAUCUAAAUCUUCUUGUCAAGUUUGGGCCGUCUGUGGCAGUUGAAGAAGCCCUAACUCUCCGCAUGCUUCGAAUGUCUUUCGCUGAGAAGAUACCUGUCCCGGAGGUGUAUGGUUGGAGAGUUUAUCAAAACUCUGUGUUCAUUUAUAUGGAGCUUAUUCAGGGAGACACGCUCCAUGAUCGAUGGGAUUCUCUCAAUGAGCUGGAUAGGAACUUUAUUUGCGGCCAGUUACGGGAGAUUAUUUCUUCCCUUCAGCAAAUUGAGCCAGAUCCUUGCGACUCAUUUAUUGGAUCCAUCAACCGCGCAUGUUUGCACGAUUAUGUCUUUGCAACCAUCCCUCAAUCAGGCCCUUUUAAAAAUGUGAAAGCAUUCAAUGACUGGUUUUCUUCUCUGCCUCAAAGCUGGCUUCCUGAUUCAAAGAGAUAUCGGGAUCCUUAUCGAGACUAUCUACCAGACAAUGGGGCCAUCAGGUUGACUCAUGGAGACUUGCAUCGGGGCAAUAUUCUAAUUUCACCAGCUGGUCGCCCACGUGUCCUUGCUGUAGUUGAUUGGGCUCAUGCUGGUUGGUACCCGGAAUACUGGGAGUAUUGCAAGGCCUUAUACACAUCAGACUAUAAGGGGGAAUGGCGCAAUGUUUGGAUUCCCAAAUUCUUAACUGCGUACGAGCCUGAGUUUGCUGCUUUUGGUGAAUAUGUGCUGCAGAUUGGAGCAGUGUAAGUAUUGAUGUUGUACUUAGCCUUCUAAAUUACAUUUGUCAUGAUCAUUUACCGAGCUUUUCUUUCCAAUAUCCUUCAUAAGCUAUGUACUCGAGUGUGCUUCACCCUGUACUGAUGAUUGACCAGAGAAACAAUUGCUAAAUGCCAGAAACCAAAAUGAAAAAUGGGAUUUACUAAUAAGGGCCUCGUUGACCAGUUGAAACUCCGCAGUAGCUCAUAUCAGAAAACAAAAAUAAGCAACAUGAUUCAAAUUCAAACAGGGCCAGCCCAGUAUCACAAUCAACAGUAACAAUUAUGGCAUUUCAUUUCACAUCCAAUUAUGCGCAAAUUCCGAGUUCACUGACCCCUGCCUCGACCACGCCCGCCGCCAACCGGGUUCAAGCCAACACCGUGAUUUGGAGGAUCGCGUGCAGACUGAACAAUCUGGAUCGCAUUUUCAUUGAGAUAUUGAUGGUGGACUAGACAGUGUACAUAGUCCAUUGUCCAUUCUUGGCACCUUCUGUUGGUG